AUGAGGCUGGUGGAUAGAUUCGAGGCGGUGAAUCAGUACCGGAAGAAAAUGUUACGGAGGGUGAAGGCGGCGGUGAAGAAGAAGACGACGAAGAAGAAGCAGACUAUGUUUCAGUAUGAUCCAUGGAGUUACGCCUUGAACUUCGACGACGGAGGAGAGAAUCCUCAGAGAUUUUCCGGCGACAGUAAACACUGCAAAAUCACUCUGAUUUACGUUGUUUCUGUCAAAUUUUGA